GGCUGUCAAUGUUUCGUACUUGCACAAGAUUAUACACAGAUAAGCGCACAAUUGGCACGGAGGCCAUAAAUUAGGGGUAACCAGUAGCAAUUUGUGGGUUUACCAUUUGUCUGGGGAGGUUAAACCGUCAGUCGAGCUCGGAACAUGGCCAGGACCACUGGGGAUCCUGCCAAGCGGCGCCGGUGCAUUGCUCGCAUCAAAUUCUGGCGAAGAUCUCGAGUGGGCAGCGAUAUCACCUUGGGAAUCAUCAAGUACAGAGUCGUCUCUAAGCCCUCAAGGCAAUUUCAAUUUUCUUUAAUAAGAGCUUGGCUUCUUCGGAUCAGAAAGGAGGAUUAUAAGUAUUGUGGGUCCUUUCAGGAAGCCAUUAAGCCAGUUCUCAUCAUUGCCCAGAUCUUUGCUCUCAUGCCAGUUCGGGAAGUGAGCUCCAAGUUCGCAGAAGACCUGAUCUUCACCUGGUUCAGUAUCCGAACUUAUUAUGCCUUGGUUACCAUCCUGUGCUUUGGUAUAACUUCCGGGUAUCUGGUGGCUUACGUGACGAAUGUGUCAUUCGAUUUCGAUUCGGUGGAGACUCUAGUCUUUUAUCUAUCCAUAUUCCUCAUCUCCUUGGCGUUUUUGCAACUGGCCAGGAAGUGGCCUGCAAUUGCUCAAGAAUGGCAGUCAGUGGAGUCCAAGUUACCACCUCUCAGAUUGCCCAAGGAACGCAGAUCCCUGGCCCAGCACAUCAAGAUAAUCACCAUUGUGGCCACCACUUGCUCGCUGGUGGAACACAUAAUGAGCAUGCUGUCCAUGGGCUACUACGUAAACUCCUGUCCCCAUUUUACGGGUCAUCCCAUCGACAGUUUCCUGUACUUAAACUACUCCACGGUGUUCUACUUUGUGGACUACACCACUUUUCUGGGGAUCUUGGGGAAGGUGGUCAAUGUCUUGAGUACUUUCGCCUGGAACUUUAACGACAUCUUCGUGAUGGCUGUUAGUGUGGCUUUAGCUGCCCGUUUUCGACAGCUGAAUGAUUUCAUGAUGAGGGAGGCUCGAUUGCCCACCACUGUGGAACACUGGAUGCAAUGUAGGAUUAACUUCCGGAACCUUUGUAAACUUUGCGAGGAGGUGGACGAUGCCAUAUCCACCAUUACCUUGCUCUGCUUCAGCAACAAUCUGUACUUCAUCUGCGGUAAAAUCCUUAAGAGCAUGCAGGCCAAGCCGUCUAUUUUGCACACCCUGUACUUUUGGUUCUCACUCGCCUAUUUACUGGGUCGCACUCUCAUCCUGUCGCUCUAUAGCUCCAGUAUCAAUGAUGAGUCCAAGCGACCCCUAGUCAUCUUUCGUUUAGUCCCCAGGGAGUUUUGGUGCGAUGAGCUAAAGCGCUUUUCGGAGGAGGUUCAGAUGGACAAUGUGGCUCUGACAGGCAUGAAGUUCUUUCGUCUCACACGCGGCGUUGUCAUUUCGGUGGCCGGUACCAUUGUAACCUACGAGCUCAUUUUGCUGCAGUUCAAUGGCGAGGAAAAGGUGGCCGGCUGCUUUGAAAGCUGAACUUUGUGGGAGGGACAGAGUGUUAAACCUGCAAAAUAUAUACUUUUAUUGU